AAUAGCCGCACCAGACCGCACGGAGUUCAUGUCGUCUGCACUAGACUCAGGAGCGGACAAAAGCAAAAUAGGCCGCUCGUGUGCGGAAUGCCGCAGGUCAAAACUCAAAUGUGAUAGGACCUUCCCCUGUCAAUCGUGCAUACGCCGAGGAUGUGCAAAUAUCUGUCCAGAUGGCACAUUAGCUGCUACGAAAGGUAACAAGGUGCUUAUAGCACGUGCGCAGCAGCUCGCCGAAGAGGUAGCGAGCCAGACAGAACGUAUACAGCAACUCGAGAAGGCUCUUGAAGAAGCGCGCAGGGCACAUGGAGAUAUCUCUCGCUCACCGCCGUCUACGUCAAAUCAACCCACGCCGUUUCCCGACCUCGACAAGAUUGAGACACUGUUUGACCAGGACGUUAUUGAGACGUCCGACGCUAUCGGUUCGCUCUCAAUAGGGGUUGAUGGGCAAGCCAAGUACCAUGGCGAAAGUGCGAGCUCCGAGUACUUUCAACAGCUGCUACCGGAACACAGCGAGAAAUGCACCCCCGAUCUUCAUGAUCUCGGACUGCCUUGGGAAAUAAUGGACCUCUGCAACGCCUAUCCAUUUGGAUUAAGGGACACUGCGUACAAUAAAUGGCAAUUCGCUUCAUACAUACCUCCGAGAGCCAGGGCCUUGAGACUGGCAGAUCUGUACUACGAGAAUGUAGCCUGGAUGUAUGACCCCAUUGUACGCCAGGACUUUAUGUCGAGCAUCAUGGAGCCAAUAUAUGGAACGCCGGGCCCGCCUAGAGUCGAUCACAUUACGCCACACCGUCUUUCAGUCUUCUUUGUCGCUCUUGCCUCAGGGGCAAUGUAUGAAGACAACACUUCUGCGGCGAUGAUUUCGGAAAAGUAUUUUGCGUUAUCCCGAGCUGUGUUUUCCCUAGAUUCGAUCACUCAAGAAGUAUCCAUUGCUGGCGUAACGGCCAUUUUCAUGGCGGUCCGUUAUUCCUACCAAAUUGAUCGGUCAGGUGGGGAGAAUAGGUGGCUACUGCUCGGUCUGUGCACCCGUCUGGGUCAAAUCAUUGGUCUGCAGAGAGACAGUGCUGGGUGGAACUUAAACGAGGAGGAGAUACAGCGAAGGCGAACUCUCUUCUGGGAGAUAUUCACAUAUGAUCAAUGGACGAGUAUUGUCAACGGAAGACCGCCUUCCAUCAAUAUUCAUCAAACAGACACCAAAUUUCCCAAAGACAUCGACGCCAGCCUAUCUGCAAAUGGAGCGUCUGAUUAUGGCUGGCACGCAUGGAAAUACAGAUAUUCUGCCUCUUGCUUAUCGAUAUCCACACAGCAGGUCUUCAGUAUCCGAGGUCACAACUACUCGAUAAUGCUGCAUAUGGACCGAAAAAUUCGAGAGUUCAGCAUCCCUUCUCAUUUGGAGGCUCCAAUACAAGCACUCGACAGGCACCGCAGCUGGCAUCCAGAAGCUUAUCGUGCGAUGCAACAGUAUUGUUGCUUGACCGAGCGAGAAUGCAACCUGCUUUACAUACACCGAAGUUACUUCGCACAAGCAAUCCAGGAGCUUCCGGAAAACCCGCUCUCACACAAAUUUGCUCCGUCCAUUCUUGCGACAUUCCGGAGUGCAUGCCGUUUAAUAUCGAGUUUGGACAGUUUGUAUGCAACGCACCCUAUACAGACGAGUCAUGAAUGGUUCUUCUGGUCUGGUGUGUUCUCUGCUUGCAUCGUCUUGGGGGCCCUGGUCGUGGAAAGCCCGCAAUGUCACCUGGCUCAAGAGGCUCUACAGGAGCUCGACAAGGGCCUGUGCUUGUUCGAGAAAGGGUCGACGCCGUGUCGGGCCUCUAUGACAGUGAGUGUGUUGAUCAAGCUCUCGCAGCGUGCACACGCCGCCUUAGAUGCGGCACAGGCUGGUAUUAUGCUAGAGUCUUCGGCCAAAUCCUCCAGUCCCUACAACCCCGACGAGUUGCAAGUGCUUGGUGGGCGCAAGAGCGUCAUCGCAAAACCCUCGCGUGACAGCUCCCCGCAGGUUGCACAAGAGCAGCCAACUUCAUUUAAUAGGCUCCGCGCACAGAGUACCGACUUCCGUGAGCAAUUUGGAAGCUCGCACCCAGCGGUGAUGGAGUAUUACGGCGCUUUGGGUAACCCGGGGCUCAUUCUGCCCAUCACAAGAGAGUUCGCCUACACCGUUAGCGGAGGGGUGACCGAUGCCGCGGAGUGGACAGGCAUGUAUCCCAAUGACCCGACGAACGGUCUACCCUCGGGCCUCAUGGGUAUGCCGAUGUCAAACGACCUGCAGUUGCAAGCCAUAGCAACCUUGCAGCAGGCGUGUUUUCCCGAGGAACAAUCACAAUACCCGCCCAACGACCAGAACGGGAUCUGGAGUGACUUCAUCGGCCAGCUUGGGCUUAGGCCUUCGUAGUUUAUCUUGUUCAAGUUUUGUUUCGUGCCAUAACAUAAUGUUGCAAUGUGACCGCAGCUCUCGACAUAACAAUAACAUCUACGUGAUAUCCAUCUUGGGUUCAACGAGCCGCUGGUGAUCGGAGAUCUCCAUUGCAGAUAGCAGUGAAUCAAGGUCUGGGGAGACAACAAAACGCUUGUUAACUUCGCCAAUAACAUUGAUGCGUCCUUUUUCUUGGUCCAAGUGAACAACUUGCUGCAGGAACGACGGCUGUGUUGCGCCUGAAACAUCAAAUAGCAUUCCAUUGUUUAGCCUCAUUUUCACCUUACCGCUGCGGUAUACUUCGAGCUGUCCAAUAACACCGUCAACCAGGGCAUUGGCGGAUUCAUCAUUCUCCGUCGAAUUUUCCUUUCCUAAUGGAUCGGGGGUUGCUGGUUUGGUAUCUUCAGAGAAUGAGACACGUUUUUGUGGAGGGUUAGUUUCUGCGCUAGUCGGGUCCGCCCAUGAGUCAUCAAAAUGCGCUGGCUGUGGGGGAACAAAUGAAGGGAAUGGUUCUGGAAAUUGGAAGAAGAACACGCGUUCUUGUUGAAGAUCUAGUUCCUGAUCCGCAUCGCCUUGGGCCGCGAAGUCCUCGAUCAGGUCUUCCAUUUCCUCCUCCUCUUCACUUUCCUCGAGAUCUACGGCAUUCGCCAAAUCGACCUCGCCUACAGCAGCAGCUUCCUCGACAUCCAUAACUUGUACUUUGGCUUUACCCUUUGCCUCUGGAGGAAAUACAGAGCCAUCCGUAGCAAUCUUGAUCUUCUUUUUCUUUGUCUGGUGUUUGUCCUUCAAGAGCGUUUCAGGCGCCAUCCAGUCCAUGCGACGGACAUCAUCCAUGUCGACAAUUUCUACGCCCUCAUCGGGAUCUGAAUACACCUCGUCAUCUUCUUCCUUCUUCACCGAUAGCGGAAGUGGUUCCCCUUGCUCCUGCUUCAGACUGGGAGCUGGCGUCUGAGAUAGACCUGCCCCUAGCGAAGACUUCAUGCUUGGGCCCAUGGGAGCAAUGGGGGUAAAGUUUGAGCGAGGAACUGUGCGUCGUGCAGAUGUUCCCGCAAGAGCAGGACCCAUAGCAAACGGACCACUUGCAGUCAUCUCUGUAGGAGGGCGUGGGGCACCUCCUCGUCCAUCAGCUCCACGACCUCUUCCUCGGCCACGUCCACGAGUAGGUGCGGUAGGGGCCGGUGUACUUGAUGUGGGUGCAGUAGAUGAGUCUGCUGGCGUCUCUUCUUUCUUCCUGCGGGC